AAAUAAUUGUAUUCUGUUUCUGAUCUUCAUUUAUAGCACCAGCAACAAGUGGUGCAGGCUGUGGAACGGGCCAAGCAGGUGACCAUGGCCGAACUGAACGCCAUCAUUGGGCAACAACUCCAGGCCCAGCAUUUAUCACAUGGACAUGGUCUGCCGGUGCCUCUGACCCCACACCCUUCGGGACUUCAGCCCCCUGCCAUUCCACCCAUCGGGAGCAGUGCCAGCCUUCUGGCCCUCUCCAGUGCCCUGGGAGGCCAGUCCCACCUUCCAAUUAAAGAUGAGAAGAAGCACCAUGACAAUGAUCACCAAAGAGACAGAGAUUCCAUCAAGAGCUCUUCGGUAUCCCCGUCAGCCAGUUUCCGAGGUGCCGAGAAGCACAGGAACUCCACAGACUACUCCUCUGAUAGCAAAAAGCAGAAAACUGAAGAAAAGGAAAUUGCAGCUCGUUAUGACAGCGAUGGUGAGAAGAGUGAUGACAACUUGGUGGUUGAUGUUUCCAAUGAGGAUCCAUCUUCCCCUCGAGGGAGCCCGGCACACUCCCCAAGAGAGAAUGGCCUGGACAAGACGCGCCUGCUCAAGAAAGAUGCCCCCAUCAGUCCAGCCUCUAUCGCGUCCUCCAGCAGCACUCCUUCCUCCAAAUCCAAAGAACUUAGCCUUAAUGAAAAAUCUACUACUCCUGUUUCAAAGUCCAAUACCCCUACUCCACGAACCGAUGCACCCACCCCAGGCAGUAAUUCCACUCCUGGAUUGAGGCCUGUGCCGGGAAAACCACCAGGAGUCGACCCCUUGGCCUCAAGCCUAAGGACCCCGAUGGCAGUCCCUUGUCCAUAUCCAACCCCGUUCGGGAUCGUGCCCCACGCCGGGAUGAACGGGGAGCUGACCAGCCCCGGCGCCGCCUACGCGGGGCUGCACAACAUUUCCCCCCAGAUGAGCGCAGCCGCCGCUGCCGCGGCCGCGGCCGCAGCCUACGGGAGAUCGCCGGUGGUUGGAUUUGAUCCACACCAUCACAUGCGCGUGCCAGCCAUACCUCCAAACCUGACAGGCAUUCCGGGAGGAAAACCAGCGUACUCCUUCCACGUUACUGCAGACGGUCAGAUGCAGCCUGUCCCUUUCCCCCCCGACGCCCUCAUCGGACCCGGAAUCCCCCGGCACGCGCGCCAGAUCAACACCCUGAACCACGGGGAGGUGGUGUGCGCCGUGACCAUCAGCAACCCCACGAGACACGUGUACACGGGCGGGAAGGGCUGCGUCAAGGUCUGGGACAUCAGCCACCCCGGCAACAAGAGCCCCGUCUCUCAGCUCGACUGUCUGAACAGGGAUAACUACAUCCGUUCCUGCCGAUUGCUCCCUGAUGGUCGCACCCUCAUUGUGGGAGGGGAGGCCAGUACUCUGUCCAUCUGGGACCUGGCAGCUCCGACCCCACGCAUCAAGGCAGAGCUGACGUCCUCAGCCCCCGCCUGCUACGCCCUGGCCAUCAGCCCCGACUCCAAGGUCUGCUUCUCGUGCUGCAGUGACGGUAACAUCGCCGUCUGGGACCUGCACAACCAGACGCUGGUGAGGCAAUUCCAGGGCCACACAGACGGGGCCAGCUGUAUUGACAUUUCUAACGAUGGCACCAAGCUCUGGACGGGCGGCCUGGACAACACGGUCAGGUCCUGGGACCUGCGCGAAGGGCGGCAGCUGCAGCAGCACGACUUCACCUCACAGAUCUUUUCUCUGGGCUACUGCCCAACCGGCGAGUGGCUGGCGGUGGGGAUGGAGAACAGUAACGUGGAAGUGCUGCAUGUCACCAAGCCGGACAAAUACCAGCUGCAUCUCCACGAGAGCUGCGUCCUGUCGCUCAAGUUUGCCCAUUGUGGCAAAUGGUUUGUAAGCACUGGAAAGGACAACCUUCUGAAUGCCUGGAGAACACCUUAUGGGGCCAGUAUAUUCCAGUCCAAAGAAUCCUCAUCGGUGCUUAGCUGUGACAUCUCUGUGGAUGACAAAUACAUUGUCACUGGCUCUGGGGAUAAGAAAGCCACGGUUUAUGAAGUUAUUUAUUAAGGACAAAUCUUCAUGCGAACUGGACCCCUUCUCCUUGUAGCACUUUGUUCUAUCAUCCUCUUCCCCCCGCAUCUAAAACCAAGGAUUUCAAAUACUCAUGCAGUUGUGGAGUUUAAUCCCAUCUCUUACCCCCACUUCCUCCUUGCUAUUGAAUUGUGAAUACUCAUUAAGAACCUGUGAUACCAAAUCUUCAGCUCUCUACGUGGAAGAACAUGGAAUAACCAUACUUAACAGUGACGGAAUCUUUAAUUAUGUAUUAUAUCUGUAAUAUAUUUAUUUUGUUUAAAGAAGGCUUUCUAACUUUGACUGAAUAAAGCUGUCUGCUCCUGCAUUGAUAAUGAAGAUGCAUUGUAUUUGAUACCCCUCCCCCCCUUUUUUUGGCAAAGGAGGGGAAAGGAAGGUUUAAAAUAAUUGAUGAAAAAUGUCACUAAAUGUAGACUAAGGACUGUAUAGAGAUGUGAAAUGUAUAAUUACAUAUGGAAGCAAUAUGUUGCUGUGUUGUUAGAUUUUUUUUGUUUUUGUUUUCUACUUAUUUUAAAUGUUUGGAAAUUUGAACAAUUAGAACAUGACAGGCCUCGUUGUAUUCAUUUGAGUCUAUUUGGACAACUUUAACCAAUAUAUCUAUAGCUUUAGAUUCUAUUUGAUAAAAGUAAUUGGACUUUUUCUUUUUUUUCUUUUUUGACUUGUUGACAAGUGUCUUUGUAAUAAGUUUUUAAUUCCUUUUUUUAUUGUAUUAUAGACAGACGAACAAAUUAAAUUUGGCCUAAAGAGAGAACUUAAUCCCUUCUGUAUAUUUUUGCCGCGUUUCUUUGCAGAGGGAGAUGUAUACCUUUGGGCAGUUCUGUCAUUACAAGAAAUUAUGGGCUAUUUUUUGGCAUGUUCUUUGGGAACUGCACAGAUGUCAGGGGAGGAUUCCUCCUGCUGUGCAAGUCAAGUCUUUUACAAAAUAAGGACAGCAGAGGAGAUUUGCAAGGACCUCCCUCUGAAAACCAGAAAGAAUGGACUCUCACCUGGGAGGAGGACUUGCUUUCUUUACCUCCAGUUCUUUCCCUGUCUUAGUUGGAUGUCCCCGAAAUGGACACAGGCUGUGCCAUUGUGCCAGAAACAUUGUGUUAUCUUUUAUGUUGUUGUUGUUGCUGUUCAACUAUGAUAUGUGACUCCUUUUUUUAUUAUUAUUUUUUUGUUUGAAUGCUUUAAGAAUCUUUUAAGUCUGUGGAUCUGCUGAUGUACAGUGCCUUUGCUGCUAUGGAUCAAAAUCAAGAGAACUGUGUAGAUAAACUUUAUUGUAUAAGUAGAAAAUGACUUAAUUUCAUACUAGAAACGGAUGGAUGCUGCAAGUUGAAAUGGACUGUCCAUUGACGUUCCUAAUGUGGUAGCAGAAAAAAAAAAUGGUGUCUUAAGUGCUUAGUGUUUGAUGUCAUUAACAGUUUCGUAAAACUCUACAGUGUAGAAAGAUUUUGAUACUAAACUGUGCAUUGUACAUAGUUCUAAUGCAUUGUAUUGACCACCAGUACUUCUAUAAUGGUAGAUUGUUUGUGCAUUCAGACUUUUAAGCAUUAAACAUAAAUAACUUCUA